CCACGUGACCCACCGCGGCGCGCCCGGCAGCCCAGAAAUAGCAGCGGCGGAUCCGCCCGCGGGCUGCGCAGGGGGGAAGGCGGGGACCGGAGGACGCCGGCUGGCGGGGCGCGGCGCGGCCCCGGACGAUGCUGAGCUCCUGCCCGGCCCGGCCCAGAGCUCAUGAUGGCCAUCCGGGAGCUCAAAGUGUGUCUCCUCGGGGAUACUGGCGUCGGGAAAUCCAGCAUCGUGUGUCGAUUUGUCCAGGAUCACUUUGACCACAACAUCAGCCCAACCAUCGGAGCAUCCUUUAUGACCAAAACUGUGCCUUGUGGAAAUGAACUUCAUAAGUUCCUCAUCUGGGACACUGCUGGUCAGGAACGGUUCCACUCGCUGGCUCCCAUGUACUAUCGAGGCUCUGCGGCGGCUGUCAUAGUGUACGACAUCACCAAACAGGAUUCAUUUCACACCUUGAAGAAAUGGGUGAAAGAGCUGAAAGAACACGGCCCAGAAAACAUUGUAAUGGCUAUUGCUGGAAACAAGUGUGACCUCUCAGAUAUUAGGGAGGUUCCCUUGAAGGAUGCUAAGGAGUAUGCAGAAUCCAUCGGCGCUGUCGUGGUUGAAACAAGUGCAAAAAACGCCAUUAACAUCGAAGAGCUCUUUCAAGGAAUUAGCCGCCAGAUCCCACCCUUGGACCCCCAUGAAAAUGGAAAAAAUGGAACAAUCCAUGUGACACAGUCACACCUGCAGGGCGGCCGGCGGUGCUGCUGACCCGGGGUCCACUGCACUUGAAGAGGCCAUGGCCUACCUCCUGUGCCCUUGCAGGACCUCCCCGCUGCUGGCAGCCUGGCCCCUGGCUCAGAGGGACCUGCACGCGGCUGGGCAACCUGGAAGGCCUGCAGGGAACAGGCAGGGGUGUCUCUGGAAAAGGAUUAUAGAAAACUCUGGGAAAACCUACCACACCGCCACAAGGCCUUUGGGGCCUGAAAUGCAUUUGGAGGGAACGGCUAUUAGGUAUUAAGUAGAGUUUUUUUGUUAAAAACCGUAAAAUGUUCUUACAUUUGUGCAAAAGUCUUACUGACUUAUAUAUAUGUGAGAUUCUAAAACAUUCUUCCACUCUGAUUUCCUAUGUUUCUAACCAAAUUUCAAGAACCUCUUCAGCGCAUUGCCUUAGUACCUAAGCAACCUUCACGGAAAGUUAAUUGACCGAUCGGUGGAGGGCGGUUGGAUGAUGGGCUGCAGACCUGGGCUGUUGUGAAAGAGGGGACCCAUGUAUUAGGAGCUAUUGUCUACAUCUCUGACCUUUACUUGGGGAACAUUCCUUUAAGUUUUGGCCAUAUAUGCAAACCAACCAAAUCUGACUAAAAUAUUUCAUGUCAUUCUGGGAUUUAGUCCUGUUUUGGAUGUCCUUGGAGUGGCUCCUGUGUGAGCAGUGGCAGGUGGGGGACAUAAAUAUUAUUCCGAGAACCAUCUGAUUCACACCCCCUCCUCAGUAACAAGCUCCUACUCUCUUAGGACGUUUCACACACAGAGUAUUAUUUUACUAAGGGAGCAUGUCCUGGUGUCAUUUCUAGGGAAACACAUGUCCUAGAGGAUGUUUAAUCUAAAAAUUGUAGGGCAAACUUCUAAUAAUAUCAAUUAAUAAUAGGUUACAGGAAAGCAAGCCAGAAGGAGUACCAGCACUGUAAGAUUCUAGGAUGCCCCCCUACCCCCACCCCACUCCUGCAAACUGCAAAAUCAGAGAAAGUGUUUUAGAAGAUGCCAAGCGUGGGGAGGUGGGUACCAAGGUUGACCAGAGGUCUAGCCUUGGAAACCUGCCUUUUCAGAUUCCCUGUCUGCUAAGUUAAUUCAAGAUGUCUGGAUCCAGUGGAAGGAAAAGUAAAGGAAGAAAAGCUUUUCCCAUUGAAAAUUCAAAACCUGUUUCCAUUUUAAUGUUCAUAAAAACCUGGGAUCAAGAAGCAGUUGGUUCCCCAUGAGAACUCCUACUUGGGGAUGAUGGUUCUUAGAGGAUAUUGGGAUGGGUGCCCUUUGUGGGGACUGGGAGAUAGUUAUCACCCAGCAUGGUGACAGGGCCAGUUGGUACCUUCAAGGCUCAGCAAACCUUAAUUGAAAACCUACAAUGUAAAAAUCAGGAAUGAGGUCAGAAGCUGAUUAAAGACCUGGAACUCUCCAUAACUCUGAGAGCCGUGCUUCAGAGUCCUGUGGUGACUGUGCCCACAAGCUCUUGAUGUGUGGACACUGAGUCUGCCUGCCAUCAAAAAGAGCUAGGGCCCUUGAGAGACCAGGGCCAAGGUUACACUUCUUCAUGUGGACUGCAAUCAAGAAAACAGGUAGAAGUCACAGAUGUAGGUUUUUUUUUUUAAUUCAAGAACCUGCAGUCACUUCAAUGUUAUUACUGCUUCACGCAGCUCGCAAGGGUAGUCUGACAGUCUUAGGGUGUGAAAGCUGGAAACACUGAUCUUUGGCUCAAGAGUGCCUCUUAGCUCCCCCGGCAAGUGCUUUAUAAACUGUUAGCCAGUGGUGCUUGGACAUCUUGGCAGGGCCUUUGCAGCGAUUUUUAGGGUUUUCUCUUGUUAACCUCACAGGCUACCAUGAUUUCUGCUUGCAGGCCAAGCAGUUAUCACGCUUCUUUCCAAAGUUAAAACAUUUGGGUUGCAAAUUCAGAUGACCUCUCUUCCAGGUACCAUGCAGGCUUAUUUUGGAAACUUUCCUCACCCAGCUGUCCCCAAGGACCUGGCUUGUCUCUUGACAGCCGCUCAGGUUGCCUUGCUAAGGAGGUACGCGUCCCCACAGAGUCCCCAGCUGGGUCUUCAGGUCUUGCCUCUUGCAUGAAAUAGCUGGUCUUAACCAUAUAGAGUAAUCUGCCCACCCAUGAACCAUGGCUUUAUUUCAGGAGCACACGGGGGUGGGAACCACACUUUUGCCUUUCCAUGCAGCCUUACCUAUUAAAGCCAUCAGAUGACAGUGUACCUGUAGUCACUCCUUGGAGCAGUUGGUGGAAGGAGUGGAUGGUACUUGGGGACAUGAACAUUCCCACGAACGUGGAGUCUUCUCUGAAGAUAGACGCUUGAGCCUUGUCCACAGGGAGACUUUCUUAUCUCCCUUGGCCUUGAGAUUUCUUUCUGGCUACCCUAAUCUUUGAACUCUAACCAAGUAAUGUUACCUAAAGGCCUGGAAAUGAUCGUUGCUCCAGAAUGUCAAGUAGUUUCAGGUGAUGGAGCAUCUUUCACCCUAUUUCCCCAAAUGUGCUCUUUCCCCAUUUUCUUUAUAAAUAUGUGUGUAAAUAUGAUUUCAUGUUUGCUGUGCUCACAUGUGAUCCAUUUUAUUGGUUGGCUGAGUUUGGCUCGUGACUGUGUGUUGUAUGUAAUGCAGCCAUGGGCUCUCAGAGGGAUUAUUUCCUUGUGGAAAUCCCUGCAGUGGCAGUGGGGUCAAGCAAAUAUUUUACGUACACGCAUAAUCACCCUGCUGUUUUAUAGUUGGAAAUGGUACCUUAGGGCGCUGAAGAUGACUCCGCUUGCAGCCUACAGAAGGCUGAAGACCAAAAACCAGCCUUAAGCCAACUGAGGGACCAGGCCCCUGAGGACCGAGCGAGGCUCAGAUGACUGAAGGAUGUCCUCUGAGAUCAAGGAAGGUGGCCUGUGAUGGCUGAAACUGGCUCCCUCUGGGGCCCCGCUUCUCCCUGCUCUGCAACACUCAUCCCAACUUGAAUCAAGAGUGGGCUCGUCAAUGAAAGGGCCUUGAGCUGACUUCAGAUCUUUUAGGUAGUGGCUUAACCAUCAUUGCUGAAACCAGACUCAAUGAUCCAGUGUCCACACUCUGUUGUGUAAACUUCCCUCUUUUCUCGUGUUUUUAUAAAGGGCUUCUGUCUGGGCUGGACCCAGUUCCCACAUAGAAGACGCCGCUGCAGACUUUGGGGCCUUUCCACCUUGUAUUCUGUAGUAAAGCAUUGCCCCCAACAUCACCCAAUUGUAUCUGUUAUUUUUGGUUUAACACACACUGAUUCGUACUAAUAAAUAUUUUGAAUUUUA